AUGCGCGUAGGCGUCUGCCAUGAGGAAAAUGCCGCUUACAGCCACGCCUCCAGGCCAACAGUGAACGCACCCUCGUGCCUCCUCCCAUUUUUUAUCAUGCUGUUAAUUAUAUUCGUGCUGGAGCUCACCGUCGUGACUCUCUUCUUUGUGUACACCGACAAGAUUGAUAAGUAUGCUCAGCGGGACCUGAAGAAAGGGCUUCAUUUGUAUGGAACUGAUGGAAAUAUUGGCUUAACCAAUGCAUGGAGCAUCAUACAAACAGAUUUCAGAUGCUGUGGAGUGUCAAACUACACCGACUGGUUUGAAGUGUACAAUACAACACGGGUGCCAGAUUCGUGCUGCCUGGAAUUCAGUGAGAACUGUGGGCUUCACUCUCCAGGGACCUGGUGGAAAGCACCUUGUUACGAAACAGUGAAAAUGUGGCUUCAGGAAAACCUGCUAGCAGUGGGGAUUUUUGGAUUGUGUACAGCUUUGGUUCAGAUUCUUGGACUGACGUUUGCAAUGACCAUGUACUGUCAGGUUGUGAAGGCAGAUACCUACUGUGCAUAAGAGCCAUUUCUGAAUCCACUGGCCCCGUCUUUCCUCCCUACAAGAUGCAAGAGGACUCUUCAUUCUCAUUUUUUCCUAUGUAAAAUAAACUGUGUAUAAUCCUCUCUAGAGAUUUUGUGAAUCACCCUAAUUUAUCAAUCACCACCAUACAAAAGGAGGGGG